UUCAAGUUAGACCUAAUCGCGUUAUCGCCUCCGUCGGCGAUUCCAAUGUUGGUUGUAAGUUCUAAUUUUUCUGCUGGGUCAAACCACCCUCUGUUCGACUUCUUGCUUAUUUUAAGUUCAUGUUGAUUAUUUAUCAGCAUUUGUAAAUGCUUAGAUAAAAUAACAGCAACCAUGUUGUCACGAUUAAUACCAAGAAUAAACACUGCUCUCCGACCAACUAUCAUCAAUAACAUAAGGAAUUCUUCCCUCACUGUUGCGUCAAGACCUCGAGACAAUUAUGUCGAAGAUUAUGAAAAUUUCAAAAUGCCACUUGCUCCAUAUGAGGGAAUGGGUCCAUUGCCUGUGAAGCCAACAUGGGAUCCGAAUUACAUGCGUCAUUAUGUUAUACCAGAGUAUUGGUUUGAAUUCUUAUACCCACGCACUGGAGUCACCGGUCCAUAUGCUCUUGCUUUUGGUACUACAGCAUUCCUAGUGUCAAAAGAAAUCUACAUUUACAGUCCCGAGUCUUGGCAUCUAUUCGCCUUAUUAACAGUCACUUAUGGUCUCCUGAAAGUUGCUGGACCCAUGUUGCAAGAAAUGAUGCAUUCAAACGAAGAUCGACAUUUUGAUGCCAUUUAUCGUCUCAAGAUGUCAGAAAUCGAUGGUCUCGAGGCAGAAGUGGAAGACAUUAAAACAGAGAAAUGGAGAAGUGGAUUGCAAGAAAUGUACCACGAUAUCAAGAAAUCCAAUCUUGCUCUUAUGUUAGAAACAGAAUACCUGAACAGAAAAGCAUCUCUUGUAUCCGCUGUGAAGAAGAAGCUGGAUUAUCAAGUAGCCGUUCAACAAGUUGAUCGGGAGUUGGCACAUUCUCAUUUGGUAAAUUGGGUUGAAGAGAAAGUAAGGAAAAGCAUCACUCCAGAAUCGCAGAAGAAAACUUUGGAUGUUUGUAUUGCCCGGCUUGCUGCAUUGACACCAAAAUAGCUAAAUUAUAAAAACUGUUUCUAUAUGUAUCCUCAGUCUCCUUUGUUGCGAAAUGUUUAUCAGUGAACGAAAUAAUAAAAAUUCUUGGUAUUA